AUGAUUCUUCUAUCUAUGCUUUACUUACUGGUAAGUUGGUCUAAUAUAUUAAUCUGUAAUAAAGGGCAGAUCGUGCCAGCUGCUAACAAGUUAUUUACAGCAGAAGAGGAGGAGAGAGAUGAAGAAAUCCAUGAGCAGAUGAUACCCAUUGAGAGCGAGUUAAAAAGACUGGAAAACCUUGUAGGUGAUCAUAUUAUUCUCUUGGGAGGUGACAGACUUGGGCACUUGGACAUUGUGGCAUAUAUUUCAUUUUCUGAGUUCCUGAUUAGCAGAGAAGUUACACAAAUAGAUUUGAUCGAUGUAGAGAAAUUUCCAGCCAUAGCUCAGUGGAUGGGAAUGCUUGAUAUGAUGUCUACAAUCACCCUUUAUUGCCGGCCUUCAGAAGACGAACAUGUUGCUUAUAUUAGGGCUCGCAUUGAAGCUGCAAAAUCUGCCGCCAAAUAA